UUUUGAAAAGUGUUGUGACAACAUAACCUUCUGUUAUUGUUUUGAUCGGGACCGGGGACAAACGUUUACGUCUUGAAAUAAAUCUAAAAAUUCACUCCAAACUACCGUAAUGUCGUUGGCAGACGAACUCUUGGCUGACUUGGAAGAUGGAGAUACUGAGGAUAUUCAAAAUGAAGUUGACGAGGAAGCGAUUCCCGAUGAAGAAUUCAUGGAAACGGAAGAAAGUCAUGCCGUGGAUAUUGAUGUCAAAGUGUCAUCCAUUCGUGAACUGUGUAAGCUACACGACUCGAAAGAAUUCGCGAACAUUCUGAAACAAAUCGAUCACUACAUGGAGCAUCCCAGAAAGCCCAGCGAAAUGGUUGGAAAUGUUGAAUCAGAUCCCGAGUAUCAACUGAUCGUCGAAGCGAACAGCACAGCCGUGGAAAUUGACAACGAGAUAUCGGUGAUUCACAAAUUCACGAAAAGUCAUUACCAGAAACGGUUUCCCGAGCUGGAUUCGUUGAUCGUGGGUGAAAUGGAGUAUUUGAAUGCGGUGAAGGAGCUGGGAAAUGAUUUGGAUGAAGCGAAAAACAAUGAGAAAUUGCAACAGAUUUUGACGCAGGCCACGAUUAUGAUUGUUUCGGUGACGGCAUCGACGACUCAAGGGACUCUACUCACCGACACCGAAAAGGCACAGAUUAACGAGGCCUGCGACAUGGCCAUCGAUUUGAAUAAUUUCAAACUGAAAAUUUACGAGUACGUGGAAAGUCGAAUGACAUUCAUCGCUCCCAAUCUAUCGAUGAUUAUUGGCGCAUCAACAGCAGCAAAAAUAUUGGGUAUUGCUGGCGGACUGACCAAACUAUCUAAAAUGCCCGCCUGUAAUCUUCUCGUACUCGGCUCGCAAAAGAAGACUCUGUCAGGCUUCUCCAAAGUACAAAUGCUGCCGCACACUGGUUUCAUUUUCUACUCCCAAAUCGUCCAGGACACAAAUCCAGAUCUACGUCGCAAAGCGGCUCGUUUAGUGGCAAACAAAUGUACAUUGGCCGCUCGUGUCGACGCCUGUCAUGAGAGCGUUCACGGCGAAAUCGGGCUUCGAUUCAAAGAAGACAUCGAGAAAAAGUUGGACAAACUACAGGAACCGCCUCCAGUCAAAUUCGCCAAACCAUUACCCAAACCCAUUGAAGGCAGUAAGAAAAAACGUGGCGGCAAACGGGUUCGCAAAAUGAAGGAACGGUAUGCGUUGACAGAGUUCCGUAAGCAGGCGAAUCGGCUCAAUUUUGGUGAUAUCGACGAAGACGCUUACCAGGAGGAUCUGGGUUACUCGAGAGGUACAAUCGGAAAAGCUGGCACUGGUCGCAUCCGUUUGCCGCAAGUCGAUGAGAAGACGAAAGUUCGUAUCAGCAAAACGUUGCAUAAGAACAUGCAGAAACAGCAAGUUUAUGGUGGCAGUACGACCGUUCGCAAACAAAUUUCCGGUACCGCUUCCAGUGUGGCAUUCACCCCAUUACAGGGCUUGGAAAUCGUCAAUCCUCAAGCGGCAGAACGGUCCACCGACACAAACGCCAAAUAUUUCUCCAAUACUUCAGGAUUUUUGUCGGUUGGUCGAAAGUAAUUUUAUUGAUGGAAUAAAGGGCGUGAGUCUAAGAAAA